GGGUCUGGCUCCUCAAAACAAACCUGAGCUUCAGAAGGUUCUAGAGAAGAGGAAAAGGGAGCAGGUCAUCAAAGCUCAGAAGGAGGAGCAGGAGGCGCACAAGAAGAGGAGCGACUUGGAGAUCGAGCUCAUGAAAAGGCAACAGAAGCUAGAGCAGCUGGAGCUGGAGCAGCAGAAAAUCGAAGAGGAGCAGGAGAACACCCCCGAGUUUGUGAAGAUGAAGAGCAACCUGCGCAGAACGAAGCAGGAAGCCGACGGGGAGAAACAAGCCACCUAAAAUCCAGCGCAGGGUGUUCGAGUCUGGCUGACUGAGGUGUCAGGAGUGUGUGUCCAAAACAGUGUGCGUUGUCUGUGCCACACGGUGGUGACCAAGAUGAACCUCUUGGAUUUUCCAACUUCAGCUGUUCCUUCCUGCAGUGAGGAGAGAGACUUUAGAGACUAAAGACCCCCCACCACCACCAUCCCACUCCGUCUCCCUACAACAGGACGGCCAGCACUCAUGCCACCCAGCAGCACACGGCACCCCCUGCAGGAAGCACCAAACACAGACGUGACGCGCUCCUCGACAGAAGCGAGCGAGCUUCCAGUGAGCUCUGACGGAGAAAUAAACCACAAACACAGGAGUUUUCACCCCGUCUGUUUUCACCUCUUUCUCCACAGCAAGCUGUUUCUUUUUACUGUUAUCAAUGUUGUUGUUGUUUUCUCAUCUUCAGUAUAAAAACAAUCAAAGUGGACACUGGAUGGACUCUUGAAGAUGUGUAAUAUAAAAGCCAAACAAAUGUGCUUUUGUUAUUUAUGUCUGUAGCUUUUAGCCCAAGUUUAGGAGGUGACACUUUUUGCCAUUGUGUAUUUUACUUUGUUUUACAAAAUAGUAUAUGAAGCCAGAACGGGACAAAGGAUGUGAGUGAGUGGCUGCGUGCGUGUGUGCGUGUGAGAAACACAUUUGCUUAUUAUUUUUUUAAAUUCUGUACAUGCCAUUUCCCCUCCUAAUGCAAUUUUAAGCAAUAGUAAAAUUCCCUGG